CUCACCUGUAUACUAAACGAAUGGUGAUCCAGCAGUCAAUGUCAAAGAUGGGAUUGGUGGGAGCUAUAGGGGUUUCUUUGAUAUUCCUAUCGCUAACUCAGAUACCAUUUACUCAUGCAGAAGGACCAUGCAUAAUCACAUCAGUGAGUUCUCAAAGCCCUUCAACGCUUCAUGUAAAAUGGGAUCAUUAUCUCGGGGCAACAAAUUAUUUUUUGGACAUACGAGUUAUCAACUCGACAGACAUUGCACCUGUUGUGUUGACGUUACCGGGGUCCACCAAAGAAACGGACGUUCACGGUUUACGGCCAGGAGCCCACUACAGCGUGACCCUUAAAGUCUUCCAAUAUUACUUUGUAGUAUGCCACGUUACGCAAGAGGCGUCCACAGUGCCCGCAACCUCCCAGAUAAUAUACCGGAGGGCACUGACCAGUACAAGCGUUCGGCUAGAGUGGGCACGUGUCCCGACCACGGACACAUACAUCGUCUUGAUGGAAGGACAGGCUGGACAGAAUCACCAAAUGAUUUUGAGAAAUACCAGCGUGGUAUUCACCGGACUGGAGCCCAGGACAGUGUACAACUGCUCCGUAUUCACCGAGAACGAGGCCGGCAGGGGGCUUCGGAGCGCUCUGAAACCCAUCUUGACACUUGCGCCACCCCCAAACGAUAUCGUCGUGCGGCAGAACGGCCGCCAGAGAGCCCGAGUGUCGUGGCAGCCAGUGGAUCGCGUUCUGCUGUAUCGAGUCACAAUCCGGAACCAAGACCAGCCAAACAGUGAACCAAUGGUGGCAAACGCAACGGCUCCCUAUCUGGACUUUGACACCCUGUUAUGUACCACCUAUGACAUCUCUGUGUCCUCGUUCCACCGAUUCCUGCUGCCCGGAGAGCCCAACGAUGUCUCAUUCACCAGCGACGCCCCCAGUGCCGCCAGCGGUGUGGUGGUGGACUACAGAUGUUCCAGCAACACGGCGGUGGUCUCCUGGGUUCCCGUGGUUGGAGCCGACUCCUACCGGGCCACGGCGACCCACAACGGCACGGUGAAGUCCUGCCUCAGCCGGGGCUCCCAGUGCCAGAUCGAGGGGAUGGCCUGCGGCCAGAGCUAUGUGGUGUCCGUCAUCACCAUCGCCGGGGACUGCGAGAGCCACGGAAACUCAACCACCAACUUUCAGACCGUGUCCUGUGCUCCGGAUAAUCUACAACUGUACAGAGAGUGUUCCAUCAAUCUCAUCAGCUUAUCCUGGGAUCGGGUCAAUCACACAGAUCACUACAUAGCGACGCUGGUGGACUCAAUGGGAGAGAUCCAGCACUGCAUGACGGCUGGUACCGACUGCAUCUUCACGAGGACGACAUGUGGGCGGAGCUACAACUUCACAGUCUCCUCCGUCACCGGAGACUGCUCCAGCCAGUCUAGUCCCCCCUCUUUUAUUAGGACAGCACCCUGCAACCCCAAAACCUUCACCACCAGUUCCAGCUGCCAUUCGGACCAAGUGCUGGUCACAUGGGAGCCAGCGGCCGGAGCCUUCUACUACGAGGUGAUCGCCCUCGGCAACCAGGGCCCAAACGACCUCCGAAACUGCAGCUCCACCGGCACCAACUGCACCAUGCACGGCAUCCAGUGUGGCCAGCAUCUGACCACCAGCCUGACCGCCUUCGACGACGAGUGUGCCAGCAGAACCCUCGUGAACACCGUGUCUGAAACUGGCCCGUGCGUUCCCCAAAACGUCUCGGCCACCAUGGACUGCGGCGCCGACUCCGUCACGCUGAGCUGGGAGGAGGCGCCCGGCGCGAUGUUCUACACCGGCCUGGCGGUGGACGCGGCGGGCCGCAGGAGCGUCUGCCAUACCCUCGGCACGUCCUGCCGGGUCGAGGGGCUGCGGUGCAGCACCGCCUACACCGCCUCCGUCGUCUCCUCCAACUCCCGCUGCAACAGCUCCGAGAGCGCCAGGGUCACCGUGGAGACGGCCUCGUGUCCCCCAGACAGCGUCGUCGCCACCUUGGACUGCGGGGCCAACCAGGCGCUGGUCUCCUGGGGCAGCCGGCCCGACACGGGCUCCUACACGGCCACGCUGGCGGACCCGGAGGGCCGCCUGCGCAGCUGCAGCACCACCCAGCACCGCUGCACCGUCACCAGCCUGCGCUGCGGCCAGCGUUACACAGUGUCCGUCAACCAGCACGACGGCGUCUGCCCCAGCAUGCCGUCCAGCCCCGUCAGCAUGGACUCCGUUGCGUGCGGUCCGAUGGACGUGAACGCCAGUGUGAGCUGCGCCUCGGGGACCCUGGAGGUGGGCUGGAGCGCGACCCCGGGGGCCGACCGCUACACGGCCGCCCUGACCCGGGGCGACGGCCAGACGCUGUACUGCAACGCCAGCGCCCCGCCGUGCAGCAUCGAGACGUCGGACUGCGGGCAGGAGUACAGCGUGGAGGUGAUGUCGUACAGCGGAACCUGCAGGAGUUUCCCCAGCAACACGUCCGUCGUCAGGGAAGCACCCUGCGUCCCCACUGACCUGGUGGUCGAGAGGAUCUGCGGCAACAGCAGCGCCGACGUGAGCUGGCGGGCGAGCCGCGGCGCCCUGCGCUACGACGUGAUGGUGGCGGCGGCGGGCGGCGGCGGGGAGCGUCUGGGCUGCUCCUCCAGCGGCAGUACCGCCUGCCGCCUGCAGGGCCUGACCUGCGGCCGGAUCUACAACGUCAGCGUGGUCGCCGUGGGCGACGGCUGCUCCAGCCGGAGCGAGGCGGUGGCUGUCCGUUCAGCGCCCUGCCGCCCCUCCCAGCUGACGGUGCGUAUGGACUGCCUCACCAACGACGCCCUGCUGACCUGGGACCCCAGCGCCACCGCCACCUCCUACUCGGCCCAGGCCACGGGCCCCGGGGGCCAGGAGCUGAGCUGCGGCCCGGAGCCCCGGUCCGCCUGCCUGCUGACGGGCCUGCGCUGCGGCCAGCGCUACGCCUUCACCGCCACCGCCGCCGACGGCCGCUGCCCGGGCGUCGACAGCCUGCCCCUGGAGCAGAUCACUGCCCCCUGCGUCCCCACCGGUGUGCUCUCCGCCGUGGACUGUAGCAGCAACGCGCUGGCCGUGAGCUGGACGCCCUUCUCCAUCCCGGUGAACUACAGCGUCACGGCCGUCGACCGGACCGGGGGCUCCGCCUCCCUCUCCUGCUCCUCCGUCGGCGGCGGCGGCGGCUGUGUGGUGGCCGGCCUGCUCUGCGGCCAGCAGUACUCCGUGACGGUCCGGGCCCAGGGAGACCCGUGCCCCGGCCCCAGCAGCGCAGCGCAGUCGGUCCGCUCCGUGCCCUGCGCCCCCGCCAGCCUGCGCCGCGUGAUGGACUGCCCGUCCAAUACGGUGCAGGCGUCCUGGGACCCCGCCCCCGGCGCCCUCAGCUACGUCUCCACGGUGACCGAUGCCCACAACGACUCCGCCUCCUGCUCCACGUCCUUCCACGGCUGCUCCUUCCCCGGCCUGACGUGUGCCCGGACGUACAGCUUCUCUGUGGUCGCCCUCGGCAACCAGUGCAACAGCUCCGUGAGCCACGGGGCUGCCGUCGCCACCGCUCCAUGUGACCCAGAGAACGUGCAGGCCAGCCUGGACUGUAACACUGGCGUUGCCAUGGUGACCUGGACGGCCGGCCCUGGUAGCGUCCCCUACUACACGGUCGUGGCCUCGGCCGGCGGGCAGCCUGAGCACAGCGUCCAGACCAACGUCACGUCCUGCGGUCUGGACCAGCUGCGCUGUGGAGCGGAGUACACCGUGGUGGUGCUGGCCGGGGACGGGAGCUGCAACAGCAGCAUCUACGCCUCCACCACCGUGACCACUGCGCCGUGCGCGCCCCAGAUCCUGAGCCACGAGAUGCUGCUGAACUGCUCCAGCACCCGGGCCCUGGUCGCCUGGGCGCCGGACGCCCACGCCACCUCCUUCUCCGUCAGCGCCACGACCGCCGGGGCCGCCCCGGCCAACUGCUCCUCCUCCAGCUCCUCCAGCUGUGUCCUGGACGGACUGUCCUGUGGGAGGCGCUACGUUGGCGAGGCCGUGGCCCUGGGGGACCGAUGCCCCAGUGCCCCCAGCACCUCGUUUGAGAUCCUUACAGCCCCUUGCAGCCCGACCAACGUGGUGCCCUCGUACACCUGCGGCUCCAGCAUGGCUCUGCUCCGCUGGGACGAGGCGCGCGGCCGGGAGAGCUUCUGCGCCACCGCCCGCGCAGGAGAGCACACCGACUCCUGCACGUCCGCCGAGACCCACUGCUCGCUGCUGUCGCUGCUCUGCGGUCGGCUGUACGAGGUCAGCGUGGACGCGGUGGCCGCGCACUGCAACAGCAGCCGAUCAGGAGACGCGGUGAUCCAGACAGCCCCCUGCGCCCCCCAGAACGUCAGCGCCUCCCUGGAGUGCAGCGGCAACACCGGGCGGGUGAGCUGGCUCGCCAGCGGGGGGGCGACGCGCUACGACGUGCAGGCGCUCGGCCGGGACGGGGACAGCGUCAACUGCACCACCAACACCACCACCUGCAGCCUACCCGGCAUGCACUGCGCCGUCACCUACACGCUCACCGUCACGCCAUACUCCGACACGUGCAGAGGCUUCGCCAGCAGCCCGAUCCUGUACAUCGCAGGCCCCUGCCCCCCCCUCGGUGUGGCGGUCUCCCUGACGUGUCAGGGCAACGUGGGCACGGUGAGCUGGCAGCCCGCCGUGCUGGCCGACUCCUACCAGGCCUGGGCCACCGGGCACGGACACGCCCACACGUGCAACGCCACCGCCGGCGCCACCCAGUGCUCCUUCACCGACCUCCACUGCGGCGAGACCAACGCCGUCACCGUGGCGACCACGGAGCGCGGCUGCCAGAGCGCGCCCAGUGCGCCUGUGUCGCUGGAUUCAGCCCUCUGCCCGCCCACCGGUCUCAGUGGCGCGGCCUCCUGCCUACUAGACGUCAUCCAGGUGAGCUGGGACCCCAGCCCGGUGAGCAGUGUACUGUAUAACCUUCACAGCGGGGGUGGCGUUACCCCCCUCCCCGGGACGUCCUACACGACCGGCCUGCUGCCGUGCGGGGUGAACGUCAGCUUCGCGGUCUCCGCCCAGGACCCCAUCUGUACCUCCGCCCUCAGCGAGACCCUCACGGUGGCCGCAGUUCCCUGCGCGCCCUCUCACCUGAACGCCAGCACCCAGUGUGGCACCCAGAUGGGCCUGCUGACCUGGCGCGCCGGCGUGGGCGCCACGGGCUACGUGGCCACGGCGACCGGGGACAACGGCCACGUCUCUUCCUGUUCCUCCAACGGCACUUCCUGCUCCGUGUGGCUGGAGUGCGGACAGGGCUACACGGCCGCCGUGUUGUCGUCGACCUCCGACUGCAACAGCAGCACUGCGGCCACGGUCGACUUCACCUCAGCUCCCUGUCUACCCACUAACAUCGAGGCUGUGUUGGACUGCAGCAGCAACUCGUUUACGUUGCGGUGGGACGCCAGGGCGGGCUCGUCGGUCUCCUACAUGGCCGUCGCCAUCGGCACUGACGGGUCCCGCCUCGGCUGCCACACCUCCUCCACGGAGUGCCCCGUCACCGGGCUGAGCUGCGGCGUCUCCUACGGCAUCACCGUCAUCCCGUCCACCGCCAACUGCGGCAGCAUCGACUCCGCCGACUACCACAUCCAGUCAGCCCCCUGCCCGCCCCAGAGUGCCUCCGUCGUGCUGGAGUGCAGCACCAACGUGGCGACGGUGAGCUGGAGCGGCACUGGCCCCGCCCAGGAUCAGGUGGUCACGGCGGUGGACACCCGAGGCAACGUCGCGCUCUGCUCCACCCCGGGCACCAACUGCACCUUCGGCCAGCUGAGCUGCGGGGAAACCUACGCCCUGACGGUGGUGGGCCACAGCCCGACCUGCCAGAGCAAUACCAGCGCCGCCCUAAGCCUCCACUCUGCCCCCUGUGUGCCCACCCACCCCGCAGUCACCUUGGACUGUAACACCAACAUCGCCGUGGUAACCUGGGACUCCGCACGCGGUGCCGUGUCCUACACCGUCUCCGCCCGGGGCGGCCUCGGCCACAACAGCGCCUGCCCCAACGCCGACACCACGUGUGCCUUCAGCGACCUGCUCUGCGGCCAGGACUACAGCCUGACGGUGGUCGCACACAACCCGGACCACUGCCACAGCGCGCCGAGCGAGAACACCACCACCACCACAGUGCCUUGCCGCCAGAGCGGCCUGAGCGCCUCCCUGCAGUGCAGCACCAACACGGCGGUGGUCUCCUGGACCCCCGCCGUCGGCAUCCUGACCUACAACUCCUCGGCGGAGGCCAUAGACGUCACGGACACCCGGAGCUGCGCCACCAGCGGGCCGGGCUGUAACAUCAGCUCCCUGCUCUGCGGGGAGAGGUACCGGGUCGUGGUCAGCGGGCAGGGGCGCACCUGCCCCAGUCCCGCCGUGGACUGGAGGCAGAUCACUACAGCCCCCUGCGAGCCCACACUGCUGAGCGUGGUGUCGUCCUGCGACUCGGACAGCAUCGCCGUCUCCUGGCGCCCGUCCCAGGGCUCGGACAACUACCGCGUGGUCGCCGAGGCCCCCGACGGCUCCACCCUGAACUGCACCACCGGCGCCACCGACUGCCGGAUCGCGGGCCUCCGCUGCGGCCAGCGCUACAGCGUGUACGUGGUGGGCGUGAACGCAGGCUGCCCCGGGGAACGGAGCCACGCGACCACGCUGCAGACCGCCCCCUGCGUGCCGCGCAGCGUGGUCACCGAGCUGGACUGCCGGGCGGGGAGCCUCAACGUCACGUGGCAACGGAGCAGCGACGCCCGGGGCUACGUCGCCACGGUGACCCGCGUCCGCACGGGCCACCCGACGUCGUGUAACACCACGGAGACCCACUGCCUGGCCGCCGGCCUGGAGUGCGGCGCGGACUACAACGUCACCGUGCUGGCCUACGACCACGCCUGCAGCAGCGCCGCCAGCCCGGUGCAGCUCGUUGCCACGGCUCCCUGCCCCCCGCUCCUCUUCGACACGCCGGUGGACUGCGGCACCAACGUGGUCUCCGUCUCCUGGAACGGCAGCGCGGCCGGGACGCUGUACACCGCCACGGCGCUCGGCUCGGACGGCCAGCGGCACAACUGCACCGGGCGCACCGGCUGCUCCCUCAGCACCCUGGGGUGUGCCACGGAGUACAACGUCUCCAUCACACCCGCCAGAGGGGCCUGCAUGGGGUCUCAGAGCCCCACGCAGCUCGUCAGAACAGCCCCCUGUGUGCCCCGGCUGAGGGACGUGGAGAUGGACUGCCUGUCCGAAUCAGCCUGGGUGAAGUGGGAGGAUCCCGUCCGCAACCUGGGCCAGAACUACACCGUCACGUCCACAGACCAGCUGGGCCAAGUCGAGAGGUUUGAGUGUUCCGACACGCUUGGUCUUGUUUGGUGCGCAGUACCAAACAUGACCUGCGGGCGGCACCUCAACUUCACCCUCACGGCCAGCGACCAGCAGUGCCCCAGUGGGCCCAGCAACAUGAUCAUGACCGAGACCGCCCCCUGCCCGCCCCUGCACGUGAGAGCGGCGGUGGGCUGUGAGAACCGCACGGCGAGCGUGUCCUGGCGGCCCAGCCCCGACGCGCUGACGUACACCGCCACCCUGGAGCACGCGGACGGCCAGACCACCUGCUGCACCACGGCCGGCACCGGCUGCGACAUCGCCGAGCUGCCCUGCGGAAACAUGUUCGUGCUGCUGGUCACCGCCGAGGGGAGGACCUGCAACAGCUCCCAGAGCCCCGGCAGCAUCAUCAGGACAGAGCCUUGCAUCCCGCUGAACCUGCGCGCGGACCUGAGCUGCAGCAGCAACGUGGCGUCCAUCCGGUGGGACCUCAGCCAGGGGGGACAGCAGUACCGCGUGGAGGCCCGGAACGGCCAGGGCCACCUCGUGGACGAGUGCCGGAACUACGAUGACAACUGCGAGCUGACGCGCCUGGCGUGCGGACAGCUGUACGCGGUCACGGUGGCGGCCGAGAACAGCGACUGCACCAGCGCGCCCAGCGACAGCGUGGAGAUCAGAACCGCACCCUGUACCCCGGCCAACGCAUCCGCCGCCGUGGACUGCGUGGACAACGCGUUGACGGUGAGCUGGAGCCAGAGCUCCGGCGCCGACUCCUACAGGGCCACCAUCAUGGACGCCAACGGCCAGAACAGCAGCUGCGUGGCCAUGGCGGCGGGGAACUGCAGCCUGAGCGGGCUCAGCUGUGGAAAGAUGUACCGCGUCUCGGUGGUCGCCUCCGACGGGGUCUGUGACAGCCCGCCCACCGACGUCAUGGAAACACACUCGGCGCCCUGUGAGCCCGGCAGCGUCGAGGCGCUGAUGGACUGCGCCUCUCAGACAGCCCUGCUGUCCUGGGGCCGGGCUGCGGGGGCGGUGGGCUACACGGUGACCGCCAGCCCCGUCUUCCUGGGCGACGCCGUCACCCGCAACACCAGCGCGACCAUGGUGGCCAUGGAGGGGCUGCAGUGCGGACAGGCGUACUUCGUCUUCGUGAAGACCCAGGGGGGCACCUGCGACAGCGGCUUGGUGCACAUGAGUGGACUGCUGCUGACCCAGCCGUGCGUGGCCAGCCACAUCUACACGACCUACACCUUGGGCAUCGGCCAGGUGUCUUGGGACCUCGCUGCCGGGGCCGACCGCUACACGGCCCGCGCCGUGACCAGCGAGGGCGCGGCCGUCUCGUGCGACACAAUCGACACGAACUGUGACAUGCAGGGCUUAAACUGCAGCCAGCUGUAUAACGUGAGCGUGCAAGCACACAACAGCGCCUGCAACGACAGUGUGGUGUCCCUGGAGCCGGAGGUCAUCCAGACAGAGCCCUGUGCGCCCUACGGCGUGCUCACCAGGGUGGAGUGCGACGCCGACACCGCCACGGUGAGCUGGGAGAGCAGUCAGGGAGCGCUGAGCUACGUGGUCAACAUGGCGGGCCGCAACGGCCACUCCCUGUCCUGCCACACCUUCACCACCUCCUGCACCCUGGACGGCGUGCACUGUGGCACCGUGUACUACGCCUCGGUGGUGGCCCUGGGGGACCGGCAGAACAGCUCCGGCUUCAACACCGUCGUGAUGGCGUCAGCUCCGUGCGCGGCGGCGCAGCUGGAGGUGGAGGUGAACUGUCUCAACGACACGGCGGCGGUCAGCUGGGUCCCGGCGCUCGGAGCCGUCUCCUACACGGCGACCGCCACCGCCGCCGACGGCCACCGGCAGGAGUGCGAGUCGCAGGGCGCCUCCUGCCUGCUGACGGAGCUUCAGUGCGGCCAGGUGUACAGCCUGGUCCUCAGAGCCAUCAACGAACAAUGCCAAACCCUGAGCACAGAGGACGUCACCUUCAGCACACGCCCCUGCCCCCCACAGCGUCUGGGGGUGGACCUGCUGCGUGGGGCCAGCUCCGCCCGGCUGCACUGGGAGCAGCAGCCCGGCGUGGUGAACUACACGGCCACGGCCAACUGCUCUGAUCACGCAGAGGUCACAGAGUGCGUCUCCACCGACGGCACCACCUGCGAGUUCAGCGCGCUGCACUGUGGCGAGAGCUACCAGUUCUCCGUGGUCGCCCACACCAGCAUGUGUCCCAGUGAGGUCAGCGGCACGGUGGAGAUACAGACAGAGCUGUGUCAGGUGAGCCUGAGUGUGAACGGGUCGUGUGACAGCGAGACGCUGAUGAUGAACUGGACGGAGGCCACCGGCGCCCUGAGCUACCUGAUCACCGCCGAAGGAGACCUGGGUUGGGUCAGAUACUUCCAGACCAAUGACACCAUGCUGGAGGUGGAGCUGCUGUGCGGACAGAGCUACACCUUCACCGCGCGAGCGCAGGGGCAAAGCGGAGACGGCCCUGUCAGCGCUCCGGCCCAUUUCAUCGCAGCCCCGUGCGCGCCCCACGACGUUGAGGCCUUCGUGCAGUGCGAGGACCACCUCGGCUCGGUCAGCUGGGCCCUCAGCGACGGCGCCGACACCUACACGGCCGUGGCCAUCGCGGAGGACGGCCACACCCACAUUUGCUUCUCCCACAACAGCACCUGCACCUUUGACGACCUGCACUGCGGCGAGCACUACCAGGUGCACGUGGUGGCCCACGACCACGUGUGCCCCAGCGCGCCCAGCAACAGCACGUCCAUACGCAUGGCGCCCUGCAUCCCCACGGGCCUGCAGGCGACCCUGGACUGCUCCGUCAGGGUGGCCACGCUGACCUGGGACCGCAGCGAGGGCGCCGUCGUCUACAACGUCACCGCGGAGACCAGCGGCGGCCAUGUCCUGAGCGCCGGCACCGCGGGCACAGUGGCGCAGUUCUCCGACCUCCAGUGUGGCCAGACGUACUUCCUGUCCGUACAGGCGGUGGAAUCUGUGUGCCGGAGUGUCCGCAGCCCGGCCAUCACCCUGGAGUCAGCCCCCUGCCCCCCCACCAACGUCAACAGCUCCAUGGACUGCCUCUCCAACAUCGCCGUGGUGACGUGGAGCGCGUCGGCCGGGGCCGAGUUCUACACGGCGGCCGUGACGGACUGGCAGGGCGGGGAGACCUGCAUGUCCUCCUCGGAGCAGUGCGGCAUGCCCAACCUGGACUGUGGGCAGAACUACACCGUCACCGUCACCGCCCUGCGGCAGAACUGCCCCUCGGAGCCCAGCGCCUCGAGCACCCUGCAGUCAGUACCCUGCCUCCCCAGCGGGGUGGACAUCGUGAUGAACUGCUCCGCCCAGGAGGCUGCAGUGUCCUGGAGCCCCAGCCAGGGGGCGCUGUCCUACGCCGUGUCGGCCAUGAGCGCGCUCGGGGAGAUGUCGAGGUGCGCCAGCACCGGCCCCGGCUGCACGCUGACCAACCUCACCUGCGGGCAGUCGUACCGCGUCCAGGUGUUGGCCCUGGACAACAUCUGCUCCAGCCUUCCCAGCCGGGUGGCCGUGUUCAGCACAGAGCCCUGCCGGCCUGUGAUCACGUCCACGGUGCUGGACUGCUACACCGACACGGCGCUGGUGGAGUGGACGCGCUCGGGGGGCGCGCUCUCCUACACGACGACGGCGCGCUCGGACGGCAACCACGUGGUCACCUGCACCACCAACUACACCAACUGUGAGCUCGGACCUCUGGAGUGCAGCCAGACGUACACGCUGAGCACCGUGGCCUCGGGCGACACGUGCAACAGCGAUGUCAGCGGCAGCGUGCAGCUCCCCUCCGUGCCCUGCCCCCCGUCGGCGGUGGUGAUGGAGGAGGUCUGCUCGGCCCACAUGGCUCACGUGAGGUGGGACCCGGUGGUGGGUGCGGACUCGUACCUGGUGCAGGCCUUUGGCGUCGAGGAGCACUUCGUCCAGUGCGCGAGCGUCUCCGGGGCGUGCACGCUGCGCGACCUGCUGUGUGGCUUCACCUACAACGUCACCGUGCUCGCCGUCAACAGCGUGUGCAACGUGUCUGAGAGCGCCGUCUCCGUGUUGCCGGCAGAGCCCUGCGCCCCCAAUAUGGUGCAGGCCGCCCUGGACUGUGAGUCGGGGGCCGUGGCGGUCUCCUGGGAGGCCAGCCAGGGGGCCCUCUCCUACACCGCGGUCGCCCAGGGCAACGGUUUCCCCGAGCCAUGCAACACCACGGGCACCACGUGUCAGUUCAGCGCCCUGCCGUGCGGCCUGUCCUACAGCGUCUUUGUGAGGGCGAUCGGCGAGGACUGCAGCAGUGCAGAUAGCACGGCGGUGCAGAUCGACUCAGUACCGUGUGAGCCCCAGCAGGUGGCAGCAGUGAUGGAGUGCAGCAAUGACACCGGCCUGGUGUCAUGGGAACAGGCAGAGGGCGGGCUCCCGUACCAGGUCCGUGCGUUCGGCGCCGACGGCCAUGAAGUCGUGUGUAGCAGCGCCGGCGACGGCUGUGAGCUACCCAGCAUGCACUGCGGCCAGCUCUACAACCUGACAGUGACGGCGCUGGACGGACAGUGUGACAACGUCAGAGCCAACCUCAACCUGCAGUCUGUUCCCUGCAGGCCCACCAACGUGCGCACCUCGAUGCCGCCGUGCCCCUUCACCCAGGCCUCGGUGGCCUGGGAGCACGCCAGGGGGGCUCAGACCUACGCUGUCCAGGCCGGCUGGGGCGUCUCCUGUAACGCCACGACCGCCACCAGCUGCCCGCUGGGGGACCUGCUCUGUGGGCACACGUACAACGUCAGCGUGGUGGCCGCCGACGGCGUCUGCAGCAGCCCGGAGAGCGCGGGGGCUCAGCUCAGCACAGCCCCGUGCCCUCCCCAGGACGUGUCUCUGUCCAUGGAAUGCGAGGCAGGUAUCCUGACGGUGUCGUGGGCCCCUGACCCGGACGCAGACGCCUUCGUGGCCACGUUGGUGAGCGACACCUCGGCGCGUCACACCUGCGUCUCCGCCGGGACCGCCUGCUCCGUGGCGGGCCUGCCCUGCGGCCAGCGCUACACCGUCUCCGUGGUGGCGGCGAGGGGGGGCUGCGAGAGCGAGCCCAGCGCCCCCCUGGAGAUCUCCUCAGCACCGUGCGUGCCCCGGAACCCGGAGGGCCGGCUGGACUGCGUCACCAACUCCGCCUGGGUGUCCUGGGACAACACGGGAGGCGCCCUGCGCUACACGGCGCUGACGGAGGCGCUGACCGGGGACCACAACAGCAGCUGCACCGCCCUGCCGUCCGCCGGCUCCUGCGGCAUCCCGCACCUCAAGUGCGGCACGGAGUACGUCUUCCGCGUGGUGGGGGCCAACGACGUCUGCAUGGGGGGCUACAGCAACAACUUCACGCUGGAAACAGCCCCGUGCUCGCUGGAGAACAUCACGGCCGUCCACGAAUGCGGCAGCAACCGGAUCCUGGUGAGCUGGGAGAACACGCCGGGCUCGCCGCAGUACGUGGUGACGGCCGAGGGCCCCGACCAGUGGCCCAUCUCCUGCAACAGCACCUUCAGCUCCUGCGAGCUGCAGGGCGCCGCCUGCGGCACGCAGUACACCGUCAUGGUGUCGGCCUCCUCCGACAAGUGCAGCAGCCUCCGCAGCCCGCCGAUGGACGUCACCACGGCGCCCUGUGUUCCCCGGAGCGUGGUGGUGGGCCGGUCCUGCGAGGAGGACGGGGCGGUGGUUUCCUGGUCGCCGUCCCCCAUGGUGACCUCCUUCCUGCUGACGGCCACCGGCGCCUCCGGAGACGUGCGGACGUGUGAGACGGCGGAUGCCAACUGCACGCUGGCCCGGCUGCCGUGCGGAGAGGCGUACACGGUCAACAUCACGGCCAGCGACGGCAACUGCACCAGCGAGCCCAGCGUCGACGUCUUCUUCCAAACAAUGCCGUGCCAGCCCACCCAGCUGUCCGUGGAAUACCAGUGUGAGGCCAACGAGUCGGUGGUGUCCUGGACGCCCAGCGAGGGCAGCCUGCAGUACCACCUCUACGCCAGCCCGGAGCUGGGGGGCGCCCCGAUGGUGUGCAGCACCCCUCACACGUCCUGCCGCAUGGCGCUGGAGUGCGGCAGCGUCUACAACCUGUCUGUGGUGGCGUCGGACGGCCUCUGCAACAGCUCCUUCAGCGCCCCUCUCCGCUUCGGGGCGGCCCCCUGCGCCCCAGACAGCGUGAGGGUCCGCGUGCGGCUGAUCGACGGCAUGCAGUUGGCCAUGGCCACCUGGCCGGCCGUGGCGUGCCCCGCCCCGGUGAAGUACCUGGUGUCUCUGGAGGGCCGCAUCCAGGACGACCCACGGGCCCGGGUGGACCUGUGGUCCUACCCCACGGACCGGCUGUACUACGAGUUCCCCGUGCCCUGCAGCACGGUCUUCAACCUCACCGUGCGCUCGGUGAACGGGGGCGGGGUCAGCGUGGCCGGCCCGCACUUCCACGGCCUCACGGCGCCUUGCCCUCCUGCUGAUGUGCGGUACAGCAUAGAGUUGUUCGACCGGAUCACGGUGGUCUGGGACGAGUCCGUGUUUGCCACGGGGUACACUGUGUACAGCAGUUCGGGGGCGAUUUGCAACACCAGCACAGUGUUCUGCCAGUUCCUCGAGGCAGACCCAGACAGCCUGUGGGUGACGGCGAGCAACGCAGUGGGAGAGAGCGAGCCCAGCAGCAACAUCACGGGGCCAGUGUUCGUUCGUGGAAGACGGGAUCUACGGAGUAAUGAGGUGGCAGCCGGGAGUCUGAGCGCGCUCAGCACCCCCGGCUCGGUGCGGCUGGAGGCGCGGCCCGCGGCCUCGCUGUACGUGGCGUGGACGGCCGUGCAGGACGCCACCCUGUACACGGUCAUCGUGAAGCAGCCCAGCGCCGCGCGGCCCGCCCUGGUCACCACCGUGGACACCGAGUUCACCACGGUGGACGGACUGGAGCCCCUCACCCGCUACUGCGUCACCCUAGCGGCCAAGAACGCCCUCGGCCAGAGCCCCUACUCCACGCCCCAGUGCCUCGCCACCGGGGCUCCAGAAUGAUGCACCCCCUGACCCCCCCCUCACCCACCCACCCUAGCCCUGUGGACAUUGGACUGACGCCAGUGACAUGUUUAAUGUCUCCCCCGUUUUUACUGGUUGAGAGUAGAUGGAUGAAAAUUAGGAGAAAAACAUUGAUUGGCAAAAGUAUGAAUAAGGAUAAUAUUAUGGCUUCUUAAAAAGGAUUAGUAUUUCUUUGAAAACCUAAGGCACCAAAAAUAGCUGUUACGGUUUUCUCUUUGUAUGGUCUAACUUAAUGAGUUAAUGAGAAAUCAAAGAGUCUUCUUUUUAGCAAUAGGUUCUGUUUAUUUCCUCAUGUAGAAUCAUUCGGCAAUUAGUUCUCUUAAGAAGGUUUUGCUGAAAUGAUAUUUAUCGCAAAUGGUAAUAUAUUUUUUGACAUGGGCAAAAAUUAUUACUUUCUGUGCAUCUUAGUUCUCCAGCUGAUUGUUCAAUCAAAUACUGUACACAGAGUGACAGAAAAGCUAAUGAAAGCAAAUACAUCGGUAAUUUAUCAAGAUUUUUUUUUAAACCAUACUGUGUAUUAUAUCUGAUGUACUAUAAUAUAUAUGUAUUCUCUCAUUUUAUGAACAGAGCUGUCUAAAUGGCUACCUGGUUGCCUGGAAAUAAUAAAUAAAAAGUCUCUUGCUGCA